AUGGCUCUCAAUACUUCAAACAGCACUCCUUUGGACUUCACGACCUUCCACAAUGUCAUCGAUGGGAAACUCGUAGGCACAGCCAAGACGCGACACACUAUCAGCCCUUCCACUCUGCAGGAAAACCCGCCACUUCCUCUGAGUACUGCAGAGGACGUCGACAAGGCAGUGGCAGCAGCCCAGAAGGCAGCAAGGCAAUGGGCUGAAGUGCCCUGGGACGAGCGGAAGAAGGCUCUCGAGGGCUUCAUCGAGGCCUUUGAGUCGCACUCGGAGGAUUUUGUCCAGAUGCUCAACAAGGAGCAAGGGAAACCGCUCUUGUGGGCUCGGCAUGAGGUUGCCACCGGCUUGGCUUUCCUCAAGGGUUUCAACGGCCUAUCUCUUCCUGAGGAGGUCCUCGAGGACACGCCUGAACGCAAGAUUACCACCCACUAUUCGCCUCUUGGCGUGGUUGUCGGCAUUGUCCCUUGGAACUAUCCCAUCUUCCUCGCGUGUGGAAAGAUCGGAACUGCCUUGCUGACCGGAAAUGCCUUCAUACUGAAGCCGUCCCCGUUCGCUCCGUACUGCUGCUUGAAGCUGGUCGAGCUUGGGGCGCGCUUCUUCCCUCCCGGUGUCUUCCAGGCUCUGAGCGGAGACAACGACCUUGGCCCUCACUUCACAGCACAUCCCGACGUAGACAUGAUUAGCUUCACAGGUUCUGGUCCGGUUGGAAAGCUUAUCGCCAAGUCCUGCAGCGCGACCCUCAAGCGAUUUACGCUUGAGCUAGGUGGCAAUGAUCCUGCUAUUGUAUGCGCCGACGUCGAUAUCGCGGCCACGGCGGCCAAGGUCGGUCUGUUCGCGUUCUGUAACUCGGGCCAGAUAUGCAUGGCCAUCAAGCGUGUCUACGUCCACGAGUCCAUCUACGACGAGUUCUUGGCUGCGUUGGUGAAGCACGUGGGAACUCUUCAAGUCGGAGUGGACGAAACCUCAUUCCUGGGACCUGUGGCCAACGAAGACAGCUUCAACCGUCUCAAGGCCCUGCUAGGAGACGUCGAAGAGGCUGGGCUCAAGAUCGCGGCGGGGGGAACCCAGCCACUGGCUGAAAAGAAGGGCUUCUUUCUCCCCGCCACUGUCAUCGAUAACCCUCCAGACGACUCGGCAAUCGUGGAGCAGGAACAGUUCGGCCCCGUGCUUCCUUUGCUGAAGUGGUCGGAUGAGUCCGAUGUCAUCCAGAGAGCUAACAAAACUGACUCUGGACUCGGUUCUUCAGUGUGGACUCGCAACGACGAACAAGCCACACGCAUAAGGAAACAACUCAAGUCGGGAAAUGUGUGGGUCAAUACGCAUGCUGAGAUCGUGCCCAACGCCCCCUUUGGAGGUCACAAGCAGAGUGGAUUCGGCGUUGAGUGGGGCGUCGAAGGAAUGAAGUCCUACUGCAACCUGCAGGCGGUUUACACUAGACCACACUGA